GCUCCGCCCCGCGCCGUGGACAGGAAAGUGGGAACAUCCACAGUAACAUUUCCCCUUUUGAGUGGAUAGACUUCAGGGUGAGCGUGUGCACGUCGUAUGACCACAGCUAGUGGAGCUGGACAGUGUGUUUACUCGGAUAAAGGAGAGAAAUGGAAAACAGUUUGUCCUCGACUGGUGAUACCAAGCUGGACCAGGCUGUCAGGCAGUGGCUGCAGUAUGACAAGAACCCCAAGACAGCAUCGUUGGUGCAGGACCUGGUGAAAGAAGGAGCAGUGGAGGCUCUGAGGAAAUGUUUCUCCUCCAGGAUGGAGUUUGGUACAGCAGGUCUGAGAGCAGCCAUGGGCCCCGGCAUAUCCUGUAUGAAUGACCUCACUAUCAUUCAGACCACUCAGGGUUUCUGUCGUUACCUAGAGGAGAGCUUUGGGAACCUUAAAGAGCGAGGGGUGGUGAUUGGUUAUGAUGCCCGGGCCCACCCUCCCAGCGGAGGCAGCAGCAAGCGCUUUGCCAGUCUGGCUGCAGCUGUAUUCAUAAGCCGGGGGGUGCCUGUCCACCUCUUCUCUGACAUCACCCCUACACCCUUUGUGCCUUUCACGGUUUCCCACCUGGGUUUGUGUGCUGGUAUCAUGGUGACUGCCUCUCACAACCCCAAACAGGAUAAUGGUUACAAGGUGUACUGGGAGAAUGGAGCCCAGAUUGUGGCUCCUCACGACAAAGGUAUCGCCAAGUCCAUAGAGGAGAAUCUGGAGCCCUGGCCCGAGUCCUGGAACACAGAGGAGGCCCUGAAGAGCCUGUUGCUCAAAGAUCCCUAUCAAGACAUCCACACACAAUACUUCAAAGCCAUCCAAAAGCACUGUCAUCACAGGGGCACAAACAAGAGUUCAGAGGUGAAAAUUGUGCAUACGUCAGUGCAUGGCGUCGGCCAUGCUUUUGUCCAGGCAGCUUUCAAGGCCUUUGACCUUCACCCCCCAUAUGCUGUAGAGGAACAGAAAGAUCCAGACCCCGAGUUCCCAACAGUGAAAUAUCCCAAUCCUGAGGAAGGAGAGGGAGUCCUGACACUGUCAUUUGCACUGGCAGAGAAGGAGGGGGCCACUGUUGUGUUGGCCAAUGACCCUGAUGCUGAUCGACUGGCCAUUGCUGAGAAGCAGGAGAGUGGGCAGUGGCGAGUGUUCAGUGGUAACGAGUUGGGAGGGCUGCUUGGCUGGUGGAUGUUCCGCUGCUGGAAACAGCAAAACUCUGACCCUGCUGCUGUGAAAAGCCUCUACAUGCUGUCGAGUACCGUCUCAUCCAAGAUACUGCGUGCCAUCGCUCUCAAAGAAGGUUUCCACUUUGAGGAAACGCUAACAGGGUUCAAGUGGAUGGGAAACAGAGCCAGAGACCUUUUGGACCAGGGCAAGACUGUCCUGUUUGCCUUUGAAGAGGCCAUAGGUUAUAUGUGUAGUCCCUCUGUAUUGGACAAGGAUGGGGUGAGUGCUGCAGCCAUAGCAGGAGAGAUGAUUUCCUAUCUGGCCACGAAAAAAACAAGCCUUUCUCAACAACUCACUACCAUCUAUAAAGAGUAUGGCUACCACAUCAGUAAGAACUCCUAUUUCAUCUGCCACGACCAGAGUGUGAUCCGCAGUUUGUUCGAACGCCUGCGCAACUGCAGUGGCCAGAAGGACUCGUAUCCCACUGAAUGCGGUCGCUUCGCCAUCUCUGCUGUGCGAGACUUGACCACGGGCUACGACAACAACCAGCCCAAUAACAAGGCUAUUCUUCCCACUUCCAGCUCCAGUCAGAUGAUCACAUUCACCUUCUCCAACGGGGGUGUGGCCACCAUGAGGACCAGUGGCACUGAGCCAAAAAUCAAAUACUACACUGAACUCUGUGCUGCUCCUGGUAACAGUGAUGUGGCGCAGCUGAAGAAGGAACUGGAUGAGUUGGUCGAUGCCAUUGUUGAAAACUUCUUCGAGCCAGAGAAGAAUAAGCUGCAGCCCAAGCCGGAGUAGCUCUGACAGACAUACAGUCAUGUACAGGACCAACCGUAAUUAAUAUCUCUGACCAGCAUUUCACAUAGUGUCUUAAUUACUCCAGAAGGGAAUCUUGAUUUAAUACAGGUCUUAUUUUUGGUUUACAACUAAUUUAAUGUCAGUUUUACCGCUUUGUUCUUUGACAGUUGGACCACAGAUACUGUUACAGACUUACUUUUGUUUAAUAAUCUUCAGGUUUAAUGGCAACAUCUGACCUCCACUUUGGAUUUGUUCAGCCAUUCAUUUAUUUUGAAGGAGAGGUUAUGGAUCCAAAUCCUGUCUUACAUCCAACAGUAAUGAUGUAUCACAACUACAUGUUUUAGAUUCAGUUUUGGAGAUUUUAAGCCACAACUGUAAAAUGUUCAUCCGUCUACAGCCACAGCCACGUUCCUGUUGCCUGCCUGUGGUUUUUGAUAGACACAUUAUUGCAUAUGCACUCACAUCCUGCACUGCUUCAGCAUCAACUGCAAGGCUGCUAAUAUGAAGAGUAUCAGAAGUAUAAAUGGCACCUGCUGGAACUGAUGUGCUGACUUUAUACUAACUGUAACUUGAAUGGAUAUUGUGACUUGCUGUUGAACUUUGAAUGGGUGAUGUCUUACUUAAUAAUAAGGUAUAAAAUUGAAAGUAACCGUUCAAUAUUUUGUAAAGUUUUAAAUCAGUGCCAGAUGUAAAAAUCCUGUUAUUGCAGAGCUGCUAGUUUGUAAAAUGACCAAGCCUGAAUAACUUAGAGCACCACCAAGUGGAGAUAUUGUAAACUUUUUUUUUUUACAAAAGUACCUCCUGCUCAUCAGCUCAUUACUGUGCAUAGCUGUCAACAACCAAAGGGAGUCUUGACAUCGCAAAUACAACUCAAACCAUUUCACUUCUCUGUAUUUAAGUGUAUGUGCCACGCAUUCCCAUUUUACUCGAUUAAAAACAACGGUUUCUAACAGUG